AUGCCAAACUUUGUAGCUCCAGAAGUCAAAAAAUUUGUGGCUUGGGACUAUGUCGUUUUUGCAGCACUAUUUUUAGUCUGUGCCAGCAUUGGAGUGUUUUUUGCCGUUAAAGAGAGGAAGAAGAAAACUUCCAAGGAGUUCCUGGUGGGUGGAAGGCAGAUGACAUGUGGACCCAUAGCUUUUUCUCUCACCUCAAGCUUCAUGUCAGCAGUCACUGUCCUGGGGACACCCUCUGAAGUGUAUCGCUAUGGAGCAUCCUUUGUGCUGUUCUUUCUUUCCUAUGCACUCGUCAUCAUUUUUACAGCUGAACUUUUUCUACCUGUGUUUUACAGGUCUGGCAUCACAAGCACUUACGAGUAUUUAGAGUUAAGGUUUAACAAGAUUGUCCGUCUUGCUGCAACACUGAUCUACAUCCUGCAGACGAUCCUGUACACAGGAAUAGUGGUCUAUGCUCCAUCACUGGCACUCAACCAAGUCACUGGAUUUGAUCUCUGGGGCUCUGUAGCUGCAACAGGAAUCGUCUGCACUUUCUACUGCACUUUGGGAGGAUUAAAAGCUGUUGUCUGGACAGAUGCAUUUCAAAUGAUGGUCAUGGUGGCUGGUUUUGUGUCAGUUUUGGUUCGAGGAACUAGUCUGAAUGGUGGAGCAACCAAAGUUUGGGAAGAUGCCCAUGAAGGAUCACGACUAAACAUAUUUGACUUUGAUGUCGACCCCCUGCGACGACACACCUUCUGGACCAUCGCUGUCGGGGGAACCUUUACCUGGCUAGGGCUCUAUGGAGUCAACCAGUCCACAAUACAGAGAUGCAUUUCUUGCAAAUCAGAAAAGCAUGCAAAGCUGGCACUUUACCUGAAUUUAUUGGGACUUUGGACAGUCCUAGUAUGUGCAGUAUUUUGUGGAUUGGUGAUGUACUCUCAUUACAAGAGUUGUGAUCCUUGGACUGCUGAUUUCAUUUCAGCCCCUGAUCAGCUCAUGCCUUACUUUGUUAUGGACAUCUUUUCUUCCAUGCCAGGAGUCCCAGGACUGUUUGUUGCCUGUGCAUUCAGUGGAACAUUAAGCACAGUAGCUGCCAGCAUCAACGCUUUAGCAACUGUUACCUUUGAAGAUGUGGUCAAGAAAGGGUUCCCAAACCUCUCUGACAGGAUGAGCACCGGGAUCAGCAAAGGCUUGUGUGUUUUAUACGGUGUCCUGUGCACCUCGAUGGCUGCAGCAGCAUCACUGCUGGGAGGAGUUGUGCAGGCUUCCCUCUCCAUCCACGGGAUGUGUGGGGGGCCCAUGCUGGGAUUAUUUACCCUGGGAAUUGUGUUUCCUUGUGCUAACUGGAAGGGUGCGAUGGGAGGUCUCUUAGCAGGGCUCACCUUGGCCUUUUGGGCUGGUACUGGCUCUUUUAUUUACCCUGCACCAUCAGCAAAGUCCCUCCCUCUGCAUCUGUCCACUCUGAACUGCUCUCUGGCAAACAGCACCGAGGCACUGGUGACAGCAGCUCCUACAGCAGCUCCAGAGAGGCCUGUGCUGGCAGACACCUGGUACUCCCUGUCCUACCUGUACUUCAGUGCCAUCGGCUGCCUGGGCUGUGCCAUCACUGGCUUGGUGAUCAGCUUUAUAACAGGACCUACUAAAGGAGAAGAUAUCCCACCAGUGUUAAUUAAGCCAGUCUGCAACCUGUUUUGCUUUUGGUCCAAACGACUCAAAACUUUGCUGUGGUGUGGAGUGAGGCAUGACAGCCCCGAGGUGAGCUUUGAGAAACACCUGCCUAACAUUACUGCAAAUAAAACCAGAACAGAUGACACCUUCAAGAACAACACCAACAAAGAAAACAAUUGCCCUUUCCCUGGUUACAAUCCUGAGGAAAAAUCCUACACAAACAUGAGCAGAGAAUCUCGCCUCUAG